AUGAAAGCUCUCCAACUGACACGUACUUCAUCAACCGUCCCCCCGGAACUGGAGAUUGCAGAAUUGCCCAUCCCUCAACUGAAACAAGGCUACGCCCUCGUCCGAAUUCACUAUGCCUCCAUCCAGCCCUCCGACAAACUCAAUGCCCAAGGCAGUUUCCCAUCUACCACGUACCCACGUGUCCUGGGACGUGACUACUCCGGAACGGUAAUCGAUAUCUUGAGCGAAAACGCCGAGUCCAAGUCAUGGAUCGGCAAAGACGUCUACGGAACCAGCGGGUCAAGUCUCGGAUUCGACACGGACGGUACACACGCUCAGUACUGCUUGAUCCCGGAAAAUGCGCUUGUCGAGAAGCCGACCCAGCUAUCACCCAUCCAAGCUGCAACCAUUGGCGUCCCAUUCACGACUGCAAUGAUCUGCUUACAGCGCGCACAGGCGAAGACAGACGAUGUCGUUCUCGUACUUGGUGCGAGCGGUGCCGUGGGAUCUGCCGUUGUGCAGAUCGCCAAAGCAAUGGGAUGCAGGAAGGUUUUGACAGCGGCGCGUCGUGGAAACCCUGAUGUUUCCUUGGGACCCGACGCCUCCAUCGAAGAAACUAUCUCGACUCUAACGGAUGGGAUGGGUGUCGACGUGGUGAUCGACACGGUGGGGGACUUGGCAUUGAUGGCUGUGCUAGUGGAACAAUUGGCGGUUCGGGGACGAUAUGCAUGGAUCACCGGUCCUCGAGCAGGUAGCACUCAAUUGGCCUUUGAUGUCUUGAAGGCAUACCGUAAGGAGAUUUCACUUGUGGGGUGCAAUUCUGUUGCUCGUACACUUGAACAGACGGCGGAAUAUCUACGUUCAGUGAACGGCUGGAUUGAAGAUGGUCUACUAAAUUCGGGGAAUGAAGCUCAAUUCGAGAUUGUGAAGAUAGACGAUGCCAUUGCUGCAGGGUAUGGGAAGCCGCAGAAAGUGGUCAUUGACAUGUCUUGA